AAACUUGUGACAUCGAAAAUAGCGGAGUAUCGCAUCUGUGUGUAAUCAAUCUGUGACGGAAAGAGAAGAUUAUAAUUUUUGUUAACCUCACAUAAAUAUUUUGUUAUUGUGAGGUGAAAAAUAAUGAAAACAUGUCUACGCGACCUGACGAUCACCGGAGGAAAUGGAACCGAGAGGAGUAUGAAAGGAUUGCACUUCAAAGACUUCAAGAUGAGAUUGCGGAAGAAGAAUUAGGAAUUCCCAAACAACCAGCAGUUAAAAGAGAACUGCUGAAGCAAAGAGAUUACAAAGUUGAUCUUGAAUCUAAACUAGGAAAGAGUGUUGUUAUCAAUAAAAAUACACCAUCAUCACAAACCGGAGGGUACUACUGCAAUGUUUGCGACUGUGUUGUCAAGGAUUCAAUCAAUUUCUUGGACCAUAUCAAUGGGACAAAACAUCAACGUAAUCUUGGCAUGUCUAUGAAGAUAGAGCGAUCUACAUUGGAUCAGGUUAAGGCAAGAUUUGCACAGAACAAAAAAAAGCUCGAGGAAAAAAAGAAGGAUUACGAUUUGGAACAAAGAGUGAAGGAAUUGAAGGAAGAGGAAGAAAAAAUCAAAGAGUAUCGAAAGGAGAAGCGAAAGGAUAAGAAGAGGAAGAUUGAAGAAUUGUCCGAGGACGAUGCAGGACCUUCUGACGAAAUGGCCGCGAUUAUGGGGUUUUCUGGUUUCGGCUCGAAAAAAAAGUGAACAACUGAAGCUGUCAAGCGUUUGUGAACUGCUAUUUAAAGAAGAAAAUAUCGUUUCUUUAGAAAAGAUCAGAGCCGAUACAAUUUGAAGACUGGUGGAAAAAUGAAUAAUCUUAUUUUCAAUUAUGACGAAUAGUCUUAAUUCCAAUUUAUAAUUGGAAUUUAAGGAGAUGAUUUGUCAAUUUUUGUACAUUUACCAUGACUUUCAUUUUUCCAUCAUUGUUAUAAGAAUCGCGUUUUUUCAAAACGACAAAGGAAACUAUCAAUUACAAGUCCGACCAACGUGAACGUAACAGAUCACGAGCUUAAAUUGACUAAGUAAUUAAUUAAGAAUUAAUUAAAAUUAAUUAAGAUUAUUUGGGGUACAAAUUCGUAAUAUAAAUAAUUUAAGUGUAUCUUUAAAGCAACUUUAUGAUAACUCCGACAAACUCCUUCACUACGAAAGUGCAGGAUUUUAUGCUUGGCCAAAAUAAAACGCGUGUGACGUGCGCGCAGAAAUAGAAUUUAUGAAUGCAAGUGUGCAAUGCAUCAGUGCAAAUAAAAUUUAGUACCAAUA